GUCUGCGAUUGCUGAGCUCAGUCAUUGAGUAAAUCGCGAUGAGGUUGCAUCGUUAGGACACUACGCGUUUUCCUCUUAAAACCAUACGGUAGAUUUUGUUGUAUACACUUGUACAACACCAAAGCAGCAGCAGUAGCAGCAACAACAAAAAUCAUCAAAUCACCAGUUCCAACAACAACAAGAGGAAUUAUUUUUAACAAAAAGUAGAAAAAAACACGCAAAUGCAAAAUUAAUUGCAAAGCAGCAAAAAGGUGAAUGGUGAUUGAAAAUAAGAAAUUUGUAACGAAUCGAAUACCAACAAAUGUACGGCUACUUCGCGCGCCUCUCGGUAGGCACCCCCCGUCCGCCCAGCGCGCGUAUCUGUUGUGUGGAGAAAUUUUAGCUGAUAUUAAAUGUACAUAUCAGCUAUGUUUGUGAAGAAAAUAACAAUUUAUGCAUAAACCAGAUAAAAUACUGCAAAAUAAUACCGGAUUUUACAUAUAAACAACCAAAAUACAACAAAACCGCAGUUCAAUUUACACAUGGAGGUUUUUCGAUAAUAAUACUUGAAAAACAGUCCAUAUAGAAAUUCUACAUCUGCGCAAGCUCACUCGGAAACGUUUCAAUCUGCUCCGUCAUUGCCUUUAAUAAAAAAUAUCAGCUUAAUGCUUAGGCAAUGGAGAAACCCAAUUCACAUUAUAAAUAAUACGAGCAAAUUAAAAGCAAAAUAAUGAAACAAAAAUUUAUCAAGUUGAUGUUAAAUAAAUCGUGAAAAUGGUGAAAAUAUAAAAAAAAAAGUUUCGAAAAAAUUCCAGCGAGAGUAUCAAAGAAAAUGUUGAGCUGCAUACAAAUUCAAUAACCGGAAAUGUGUAUGUGUUAGUGCGUAAGAUAUAAUCCACCAAGAAAUCGAAUACUUUACGUCCAAUCGACGGUGUUUUUCGAAAAAAGAAAAGAAUCUAACGAUUGACUAUCAAUUAGUCGUUCUCCAAUGCGAAUGGGGUGGAGCGCGCCCCUCUUAAAACAAGUCGCCUCCAUGAAGUUUUAUAAACAAAAUGGUACGUGAAGAAACCCAAAAAAUUUGUUUUGGUCAAAUACCCGAAGCGAGAUUGCGCGAGGAUACAAAAAAUAGAGAACAUUUAAAAAGGUCUACUGAAGACGUUUCACCACCUAAUUUCACUGAACGGAAAAGUGGCUUCUUUGAACGAAGUUCGCGCUUAGCUGCAGAUAGCGAAUCAUAUUUGCGUCGUUCAAAUCACAUUUCGAUUGGAAAUAUUGGUGGUUAUCAAACUAAAAACAAUUUGACAUCGUCAAGUCCAUCGUCGUCUAUACAAGAUUUAAGCUCUGUAGUCCCUGAUGGCUCUGGUGAUUCAGUUGUCAGUACUAGUAGCACUAUAGAAAAUCGUAAUAGAACACGUGAUCGUCUUUACAAAAAUGGACCAUAUUCAACUGCACAGUUAAGCGAGAGAAGUUCAAACGGUGCCACCAUCAGCAAUUAUAACCGCACUUUGCAGUCGUCAUGGUACGACGCUCCUGCAACGAAUUCGAACGGUCCUGGUGGCAGUGGCAAUGCCGGCGCCUCAACAGUAGGCAGCAGCAGCAACCACAUAUUUUACUCCACCUCAAACUCAAUCACCACACCUGCCUCCUCCAUAAAUUCGGCAAUUGCGGCAACGUUAACAACUCAUCACCGGAGCAAUUAUUGCGGCACUCAGCCGGACGUAACUGCGACGGCGCCUUCUACAGCAAAAACAACUUUAGCGCCUAGUAGUUCCCGGAUGAAAAACAAUUCAAAAUUAAACAAAUUAAAGUCACCUCGUGUUGGCUCUGAAUCGCCCAAUAAUACGUCAACAAUAUCUUUGACGGCGACCACGGCGACGGAAACGACGGGAAUGGGUGCACCACCAGCAGCAUCGACAACGUCCUCGAUUGCAAACAAUAGUAGCAGUAGCAGUUGUAGUACAAUCAGUAGUAGUUAUAGCAGUAGUUUAAGCAGUAGCAGCAUAGCAAUACCGUCAGCACAUGGGACUUUCAUUUCUGCAACGUCAUCAACGCAGUCACUUGUGGGAAGCCACACCAAUGGCAAGGGCAGUGGAAUUCUAAAUGCCGCUGCAGUACUAGCCGAAACAACUGCGAAAGCUAGAAGCCAGCAUUUUAGUUGUACAACUGGCAGCAAUAAAAACACCACCUUCCCCGCUGGUCCCGGUCCUGCUGCUAGCAGUAGUUGCAUCACCUCCCCACACACCUCGUCUGCAAAAGACCCGCGUCAUCAACACACUUCGCGAGCAGACCAUAUGCAUGGGCGAAGCACGACGUCGUCCAGCCGUUCGCACUCGCGGUCGCCCAGUAGCUAUAGUUCCUCGCAGAGCUCUUCAUCAAACGCUUCAUCACAUUCACAUGCAUCAAGUCCAGUUACGGGCAGUGAGUCUAUUCCGAGCAGAUCUGCUGGCUUAUUAGCGAACAGCUCGAGAAAUGUACAAUCGGCAGUUACGACUCCGCCACAAGGUACAAGUGGAAUGGCGGGCAGUGGCAAUGUCAGCAGUAACUCUAGCAGCAGCAGCAGUAGCAGUGGCAGUAGCUCAGUGGGUAACCCAGUAAACCCAGUUGUUCAUUCCGAAGACAAUCGCCCGCUUGCUAUCUGCGUACGCAAUUUACCCGCACGUUCCUCAGACACAUCCCUGAAGGAUGGUCUCUUUCAUGAGUACAAAAAGCAUGGCAAAGUCACUUGGGUAAAAGUGGUUGGACAGAACUCGGAGCGUUAUGCGCUAGUUUGCUUCAAAAAGGCAGAUGACGUGGAAAAAGCCCUCGAAGUCUCACAGGAUAAACUCUUUUUCGGUUGCAAAAUAGAAGUUGAACCUUACCAGGGUUAUGAUGUGGAAGACAACGAGUUCCGACCCUAUGAAGCCGAAUUGGACGAGUAUCAUCCUAAAUCGACGCGAACUCUCUUUAUUGGUAAUUUAGAGAAAGAGAUAACGGCCAGCGAGUUGCGUGGCCACUUUGAUUGUUUCGGUGAUAUCAUCGAAAUCGAUAUCAAGAAACAAGGUACACAAGCGUAUGCCUUCUGUCAAUAUUCGGAUAUCAUAUCGGUGGUAAAAGCUAUGCGAAAAAUGGACGGCGAACAUCUUGGAAGCAACCGAAUUAAGCUUGGGUUUGGAAAAUCGAUGCCAACAAAUUGUGUUUGGAUAGACGGUGUAACGGAGAAAAUAUCAGAGUCCUUGCUGCAGUCGCAUUUUUCCCGAUACGGCACUGUGACGAAAGUGAUUUUGGACCGUACGCGGCAUCUGGCGCUGGUGCUGUACGACCAAAUACAGCAUGCGCAGACCGCUGUAAAGGAGAUGCGCGGCGCAACAUUGCGUGGUCGAAGAUUACAAGUGGAUUUUGCUUCACGCGAAUGCCAGGAUGCGUUCUAUGACAAGCUGGAGAAACAGAAUGCAGGUAACCGAUUUAAUCGUUACGACGCGCUAUCACAAUCGCGAUCACGCGCGCCGUCCUUUAGUCGCCAUCAGAACUCGAACGAUGGGUGUUCUCCCAGCAAUACCCCUGGCAGUAGCAGCAGUUGCAGUGCGUCUAGCGUAACCGCCACAAUUGGCGCGCCUGCGCUUUCAUCGGCGAUUGUCGCCGGCGUAAGCGCCGUAAGUAUUUCGACAUCGUCAAGCAGCUCGUUGGUGCCGCAGAACGCACCGAUGUCGGGAAAUUCGACGCCAGCUCGAAGUCGUGGAUCCCGCAGUUCACGGCAUACGCUAGACUACGACUACUUGGAUACGCGCCGAUUCCGUUCCUAUGACGAAUUUAGUCAAGGUUCGGCUGCCUCACACGACGAAGAUGCGACCUCGCAGAACGUAUAUUCGGCGGGCGGCAACACCAGUGGCCUGCGUUCGGACUCGCCACUCCUUUCGCGAUUGGGCCCCAUUGUAGGCGGCGCCAACGCAGCUAACCCAGCACCAAGUGCGAACGAACGGGUAAAUGAAACGCUUGAAGUGACGGUGAACAGCAGCAGUGGUCGCCGUCGUUGUGAUAAAAGUCCUGCGAAACAAAAAGGUGAUAUAAGAAUUCUACAAAAAGAACGUUCCCAUCUUUUAGAGCAACUUGAAGAAUGCCCGUCCAGUGGUGAUGAAAGUAUAGUGAGUCCGCGAAAGCGCAUCAAAAUCGAUCAUCAUCAUUCCAUGAGCACUGGCGGUGGAUUGUCUCAGUCGCACUUGUCGGAGACAAGGCACAAUGCUAGUGAUCAAAAUAGAAGUAACCUAAAUUCCAACUGUGAUGCUCCUGUAUAUGAGGCCUCGGCAACAGCCGUACAACAUAAGAGUGAAGUGCGCCGCCUUUCAGACACCAACAAUCAUCCCAGUCUUAAGUACCACCAAUCUCAGUAUCACGCGCAUUCGCAUUCACACACACUGCAGCAAGCAUGUCAGCAGCAACCGGUUCGCCGACCGUCCAUUGAUUUAACGGCGAUGCUGGGGGCUGGUGGCUCAGGAUCCGUUUCUACCCGCCAAGGCAGCGUGAGUAGUACUGGCUCUGGAAGUGAUCACCACCAUCCACCUACCCAUUUGAGCACUUCUGGUAGCACCGGGCUUUCGAAUUCGUUAGCCUGUAAACGACGACGUGUUACAGGGGCAGGUAAUAUUGGCAGCGGCAAUGGCAAUACGCUUUCCUCGUCUACAUCCACAGCGCCAUGUGGUGGCCUCUCAAACAACGCGGGAGGUAGUGGCAACGCUGGCAGUGACGACUAUCAUCAACACAUCUCGCGAGGGCGGGGCCAUCCAUUACAUUCCCAUCAUUCACUCGAAGCUAGCGGCGGUGAGAGCGCAGACGGCUCACGUCCAGGUACCCCACUCUGCGAUGAAAGACCCGAAGUGUUGCCUAGCGAUCCCCGGCGCGUGCCACGUGACCGCCGACAUGAGCCGAUGGUGUUACCGCUGCCGAAAUUCGGCAUCCAGUUUUUUCAUCAGUAUCGCAAGACUGUGACGGGGCAGACGAGCGCUUCAGGUCACGGUAUUGGCAGCGGCUCAGGCUAUCAUCACAGCAGUAGCGGCAUGCUCUCCUCGUCGUCAAUGGCGGCGAAUAACAGCGGCGUCGGCACGCACAUAUUGCCAAACACCAAUUUGAGCAGCAGUAAUCAUUCUAGUCAUAGUUCUGCGGCGAUGACGGCAACAGCAUCUUCAGGUUCCUCCCUUGUACCAGGGUUUCCCUUGCACAGUCCAUCUACUCGAUACUCCUCACACUGGCGUCCGCAUCAACAUCAUCACCAACAACAUAGCCACGGCCACAAUCACCCAGCGCAUGCACACUAUAAUCCAGCUGCAACUGGUACAGCUGGUGCGACAAUGAUAAGCCCGCUGCGACCACGAUCGCUUAGUUCGAACUCUAGUGAUUCUGAUGCUCCCGGCCAGUCUAGUGGUAGCCCUUCAUUGGAAGAGCGCAUACGUACACUUGAUGAAAUGUACGAACGGUGGUCUGGUGGUACUGGGGGAAAGAUCGCUGGCGGUACUAGUGGUCCGAGCGCCAGUGCGAGUAUUGUAAAACGUCACGACUUUGGUAGCCAUAGUCAAACACUUUUUCGGCAAACGCAUCGAGGAAGCGAACACCAUGGGAUUAGUGGGGGGCCGCAUCACGCGAUUGUCAACACAGGUUGCUCGUCGAUAUCGUCACGCUAUAAGCUUCCUGAUCUCGAUGUCAACGAGAUGCAACCCUCGGAGAUUGUUAAAUCAGUGUUAGCGAAGAAAUCCAUAUUUGAUGAUGACUUACAGCGACUGAAGAAGAACCAGUGGUACGAGCCAUCUACGGACGCCACACAACAGGCGAAGCACAUUAUUGGAGUUUGUACCUCGCCGGGUCUUCCCAAUUUAGCCGCGACGAAGACGCCCGUAGUUGGAAGCAACUCUGCAAACGCUUCAAAUGUCUCACUAUCGAAACAAUCGGGUGCACUCUUGCAGCGAUUGAGCAGUCUUUCACCGAUGAAUUCUCCACAGGCAUCAAUAUCACCAUAUAACAGUCCAUCACCUUCGCCUUCGGUGAGUGGUGGUACUGUGGCAACACCGCUAAUUCCGUGUGCAGCCAAAUUGGCAACAGCUAAUGCAGCGAUUGGAACUAAUGCCGGCCCAACUACAACAAGUUCCACCAGCGUUUCAAGCAUUGCUUCUGCUUCCAGCUCGGCGGCAGCUAUGAAAGGUUUACAAUACCCGUUUCCAAGCCACCCGCCGUUGCCGAGCACUGCAGCGCCACCACCUACUGCUCAACCGGCUCUCCCGGCUGGACCUGCGCCCUCAGACCUGCCACAAUCGAAACCAACGCAAGUAACUACAUCAGAAACGAGCACCCUACCAACCAGUACUACAAGAGUAAAGGCGAAUUCUAUUACUAAGAGCCUUAGUGUACCAUGGGCGCCAUUGAGUAGUAGUAAUGUGGGUGAACGUGUUGCUGCGGGUACAGUCGACGGCGGCCGUAUGCUGACCAAAUCAGUCUCCGUGCCCGGUAGUACAAAUGUUGGUACAGUUAAGCCCAUGAAUGCGCAUACACCAGCCGCGGAGGGGGCAUCAAUUGCUUUAAGCAGAAGCUCCUCCACGACCAUAAGUGCGAAAAUCGAAGAGGAUACCACGAAACAUUCGAAACAACAGUCUAGUUCCCCGUCCAUUUCGAAGAAGAGCGAACGGGGCUCACACAAACACAAUCAUCGCAGUGAGAACGAAAAGCGCUCUUUGAGAGCAGAGCGUGCGUCUGAAAGGAGAAAAAACUCAACUAACUCACAACAUUCAGUAGCUUCGACGCCGCGAGUAGAGGAAGAUUCAAGUGAAUGUGACGAAAAGGAUGGUGAGAAAACGGAAAAGGAGCGGAAAGAGCGUGAAAUUGAGAAAGAACGAGAGAAAGAGAAACAAAACAAGGAACGGGAAAAAGAGCGGGAAAAAGAAAAGGACCGCCAGGAACGUGAGAAGCGCGAAAAAGAGUUGCGCAAACAAAAAGAAGAACGUGAAGCACUCGAGCGAAAGGAGUGUGAAGAACGUGAGCGCAGGGAGCGUGAAGAAAGUCAACGCAGAGAGCAUGAUGAGCGUGAGCGUGAGCGUGAAGAACGUGAACGCAAAGAACAAGAGGAACGUGAGCGAAAAGAACAUGAAGAAAAGCUCGAGGAGGAGAGCAAGGAGCGAGGCGAACGUGAGCGAAAAGAACGCGAAGAAUGGGAGCGAAAGGAUCGCGAACGAGAGGAGCAGCUUCAGCGUGAGCGUAAGCUGAAAGAAGAUCGUGAGCUCGAGCGCCGUGAACGAGAUCGCGAACGAGCACAAGAAGAAGUCGAACACAUCGAUAUGGAACGGUCUGAGCGGGAUACGCAUCGAGAGCACUCACGAAAAAAAUCUGAAUCGAGCAGCAAACACGAUGUCGACCAAAUACAAGCGCUCAAAAAUAACCAAUCCACAAGCGAUUUCCUUCCGCAGAGCAAUGACACCGAUCACCAGAAUAAUAAAGAGAAUGCAGUGGAUGAAGGAAAGAGUCCCAUGGUCGUCGAAGCUUCUAAUAAGAAUCGGAGCAGAAAGUCUUCACGAAACUCGCCAACACGACAACCUAAACGACGUCUGAGCUCACAAGAUAGUAACCACGGAAAUCUUAGUGGUCACACAACAAUAAGCGAGGAUCCAGCUAAGCGUUUACGCAUCGAGACACACCACACAAUAAAUGCCUCAUGUACCGCGACCAAAAUAAACGAUCGGCAGCCUGCAAAGGAAACUUCUCAUGUCCUCGACCCGACGACAAAGCAGUCCAGCGGAAAACAUCAUCAUCAACGAUCGUCAAAUCAGACCAAUACUGGCAGUGUUAAUUUACCGUUGCACGCAGCUGCAUGUUCCGAGGAAAAAACCAAGUCCAAAGAACAUUCAAAUAAGCACAGAAGCAGCAAACAUCACAGACAUCAACAAAUGCACCAACAGCAAGGCAACAACGCCACGAAUGAAACCAACAAAGAAGGUCAGGACAAUAACCACAGCUCAACUACUGCUGAGGAAAAGACUACUUCGCCCUUGGCCACCUUGCCGGUGACAGAUAAAUCAAGUCAUCACGAAAACAUUUCGGAUCAAGAACACAGGGAUUCCGGCGAAGUUCAUUACCAAAUCAAGCAUCCGUUGAAUUCCAGCGGCGACGAAGACUUGCUGCAACUUUCGAACCAAAACAAGAGCAAGCAGCGCGAACACAGUGCCAGCGGCGGAAACCACCACGCGCGCCACAAAAGUAAGCGUGAACAUCGCGAGCGCAAGCGACAUUCAACCACAGAGUCUCUAGUGUCAGCACCUGGCAAUAACCUAACCGAUGAAGAGCACCCGCACAAUCCAAGCCGACGAGCAUCGGCUGCGGGCUCGCACAGCAGCGAAUCGACCUUGCCGAUGUUGAAAUUAAAGCAGGAGAGUCGAAGAAGUGCCGAACGAAAGUCUUCACGCUGUUCAGACGAAGGUCUUGCCUUGGCACCGCCACAAUCAGCACAACAACGCCCGGGUAAUAACACCAAAGCGACCCCUUCACGCAGGGUGAUAAUGAGCUCGGGCGACUCGGACGAUUCCGACGAUCCAGCAAAUAACGGAAAGAAGCACUCGAUUUUCGACAUACCCGAUGAAGGCCCCUACAUUUCGAUGUAUGACAAGGUUAAGGCGCGCUCCUGCAAAAACAUGCAAAAGCAUGAAGAGGAGAAGAAAAUUAAAGCCAAAUUCACACAACUUAAACAAUCACGUGCCAAGCGCGAGGAGAAGAAGCGCUCAACGAGCUAUGAAGGCGACUCGGAUUCUGAAUUCGAAGAACGCAAUCAACGCAGCGGUGGCAGCAGUUCCUAUAAAUCCCGUAAUCAGACAAAUCUCACCUCUUCCUCCGACGAAGACGAUGGCACAAAUAUGAGCGGUCGACGUCGUAGCUCGCAAGCCUCUUCACAUCCCCAGCGCAUGUUUUCAGAUUCUGACUCGACCACAACAGCUGAGGCUGAAGCACGCCGCAGCAAACUACAUCAUAAGCUGAUGAGGCUAUGCGAUGAUGAUGGUGAAGACAGCUCUGAAGACGAAAUACAGGCGAAUUCACGCAAGUCGCUGGCGUCGUCGCCAAGCAAACGCCUUUCGACCAAGCGUAAUUCCCAUUCAACACGCAUCGCCUCCGAUUCCGAAUCGCAAUCGCAGCCUGUCGAAGAUAUGAAAAUAAAGCGGGAGCUGACAGAUGACGAAGAUCGUGAUAACAAAUUUAAAAUGCAGAUCAAGGAGGAAGUCGAGCAAUCAGAAGCCCAAACAGAAAUUAGUGAUGGUGUCAAGCUAGAGAAGCCUUGUAUAAAAACAGAAGAAGACUCGUGCCCACCACCAGUCGAUAUCAAGCAAGAAUUUAAACGCUUCGCCGAUUACGAAUUUACCCUUGAGCACCCGUCACCGAAAUCUUCACUGAAGGUUCAGCAACAUUGCUCGCCCGAAUCUCGUAAGAAGCACAAGAAAAGCAAGAAGCGGCAGAAGAAUGCGUUUGCAAUGCCAAAUGUCACGGCAACGACGCAGAACAUAGUCGAAGCCAAAAAUGUUUUGGUCACACUUACGCCGGGCUCUUUUCAGCUAAUGAACUUCAUGAGUACGCCGGAGAGCAAGGUAAAGACAUCACUAUCGCCACCAUACGAUCCAUUCGACGAACUGAAACGCGAGUGCGCGUCUAUACCAACAACACCUUCUGUGCAUGCCAAUAAUGGCGCAAAUGAGGUACCCCUGGGCGAGAAGAAGCGUCACAAAGAGCGCAGGGAAAAAAAGAGGGAGAAGAUGCGUAAUAUGAGUGAUGGUGGCGCCAGCAUAGAUUCUGACAAGAUGUCCAAGGAAGAGCGGCAUCGCUUGAAGAAGUCGAAAAAGACAAAGAGCCUCGAUACCACGCGAAUGUUGAAUACAACCACCGCCAAUACGGGAAAAGCAACGCCCGCGGCGUCAACUGUGGCAUCGGUGACGAUUUUGCCGGUAGCAUCGGCAGCGCUCCUCACGGAUUCUGCGCCAAAUUCGGCAGUGCAGACGACGAACUACCAGUCUGCAACAGCUAAACGCAGUGGUGAAAAGAUGGAGGAUAUAUUCGGGCCAAUAUCGGAUGAAGAGUCUCAAUUUACAGACACCGAGUCCAAAGAGAUGACUUCGACGUUUUCGCUAGACGCCAAUUAUGACGGCCUUUUAACAUCGUCCACCAGCAUAACUGGCCCCAUCGUUUCCGCAGCACUGAAUCCCUAUAAACAAGAUCCUCUCACACCAAAAUCACACACUGUUGAAGAGAAUGAGGAGAACAAGCAGAAGGUGCCUGUAAGCGGGGAAGGUGUUGGCGGCAACAUAGAUCGUGAACGCCACCGAAAAGAAAAAAGGGAAAGGCGACGAAAAGAGCGCGAGAAGUCACGUGAACAACAUGCCCUCUCGGCGCUGCAACAACAGAAACAUCAAAUCGAUGAUGAGAACAGCGUAGACCUAGACGAGGCUGGGCGCGCUUUGGAGGCACAACUCAUGGAAGACUCUGACAAUAAAACCACUGAAGAUGCCACUCCCUCUACCGCCACAACCUUCCGUAGCGAUAUGACCGAUGUGUUCCGCUUUUCUGAUGGCGAUGAGAAUUCUCAUGACUCUAAUGCUCCGCACCGAGAUAAAACAGACGCUGCCGAAUUAAACACCUCAGCCAACACACAAUCACAGUCGGGUGCCAUACCGCAACUGCACAUCAAGUGCAAGGAAAAGAAGAAAAAGAAAAAGCGAUCGAAGGAAGAGAAGCAUCAUCACCAACGCCGAGAGUCUAGUGCAUCGAUAGUUUCCUUGCAACCACAACAACAGUCUGCGGCCGCGCAGCACACCGCAAUGUCACCUCCGCCUUCCGCGGGAAAGCUUUCGAUUGAUGUCAUUUCGGCCAACGCCAAGCAACUGCAAAAAAUGGAAAAGCAAAUGUGCAAUGAUGAGAGCGAAGAGAACUCCAAUUCAACAGCACAGUCGCCUAUCUGCAAACCGUCGCCAAGUUUACCUUGCUUGACAGACGACGAUAUUGAUUUGAGUGGUAAACCAAUACUGACCACAUCCAAACCAACCACAGACAUGCUAUCUUUAUCGCCAAUGCGCGAAAAGAGACUAAUAAGUCCAAUACCAAAGACACCGACUACAAGCGCAACGCCAUUUGCAAACGAAAGGUCUCAUUCCAUUUCCUAUGAUACAACUACGUCUCCUGUGAGUUCGCUUACACCAGCAGCUGUUACCGUCGCGUCCACGCCAACAACAACCGUUAACGUGAUGUCACCUUCCGCGACUGCGGAGGCAGCGACAUCUAUGGACUCAGCAGGAUGUGCAUCCUCUACUGCAGGCACACCAACGACGGCGAAAAAGAAGCCAGAAAAUUUCAUACCUGGUUUUGAUGGCAAACUGGAUGAGCAGAUAAGUGAGUCGGCCGUAAAAUCCAUUUCGGUAGAGUUCAAUGCAUCUAUACUAGACGCAAAUGCAGAUGAACCGAAGAUUCCGAUAGAAUCGCCACCAGAUCUUGUCGCCAAACACAUGGAUAAGACAGAAGACACAAAGUCUCGAGUCACCAUUUCACAAGAAGAGACAGAAAGUGCUGUAUCUGCACUAUUGGGCGAAAGCUUCGGCAAUUCGUCUAAUAUUGACUACUCUUUCCAAGAUGAUACACUCGAGGAUGACUUGGCUGCAGACUGUGCUAAUGUCGAAGCGCCCGAGCCAGACGAAGAGGCCGCAAUUGCUGCGAAGGCUAUCGAGACGACGAACGAGCCGCUGCAGCCAGAAGAAGAUGCCGAGGAAGUCAGCAAAGCAGUACAAACCAACGAUAAGUAACUUGGAACAACCCACAGUACAGCCAGUGAAGUCGGUGCUGCCGUCUAUGAUCAGCCUGGAUCCGAUUUCAACAAAGAACUCGGACGCAGCUCACGACAGUCAGAUGAUGACCACAUCAAACCCUUUUGCCAAUAACAAGCCAAUUCCAAUUUCAAGUUCAAGCGCAACAGCAAAGUCCACCGACACCACUACCACUGCGCAGUCGCCAAAGACUCUCAAGAUCACCUCAUUGCUUUCUCCAGCAGCAACCGCUCAGCCAGAGACAAGAUCUUUCGUCGUGAGUGCAUUGUCGAGCGCCCUAACAGCGCCUCCCACCAUUAGCAUACCGGAGUCGCCAACACAUUUCGCCAUACCACAGUUGUUGAUAUCGCCUAGAAGUGGCUCCGCUGGUGAUCAUCAAGUUCUGCUCUCGCCUAAGGCCCAACAGAAGCAACAAUCACCACAAAUCCCUGGACACCCAAUGACCGCUUAUACACUCAAUGUGCGCGCGCCCUCGCCACAUAGCCCAAACAAGCAUUCGCCCUCGCCCUCGCCCAGAGGCAGCACCCCAACAAGACAACUGAGUCCUUCCAGCAUGACAGUGGCAUCAACCUCGCCAACACAAAUGACGCAACAACAACAACAACAGUUGCUGCUACAUGUUGGGAGCCAACGGACGUCGCAAUUGCCUUCACAACCACAGCAGCAUAGCCAAAUGAGCCCGCCAAACGCAAAUUCGCCGUUGGUCAAUGUACCCACAGCUCCUGGCAUUGCGACUCAACAGCCUACAAGCUCAGUUGGCAGCGGUGGCAACGCCUAUCAUUCGCCACACCAAUUGCACAACAUGGAUAGCGCCCCUGCGGAAGCUGGCAAUACGAAAAAUGGCAGCUGUUCGCCAAGUACUGGCCCUUUGAAAAUGCCAAAUGCUCUGAGUCAAUCGCCGCAACAGUCCGCUGCUAGAACAGUGUUAGACCAAAGCACUGGUAAAGUAAUUGGAAUGCUGCCGCUAACUGUGCAGAAAAUGCCACCAAUGCCCGCGCUACCGACCAUCAUCAGUAAAGUAGUGAGUGUGGCGCCACAACAGGCGCAGCAGUCCACAAUGUCGCCACCGUUGUCCGCUGCUCAAAUCUCCGCGAAAGGCGUUUAUAUGGCAAGCCAUCAGCAAACAGCGGUUGCUCAACAACAGCAUCAACUCCAAACACAGAGCUUGCAAAUGGGUUCGCACCAACAGCAGCGGCAUUCCCCGCAGAUAAUUCAGAUGCCUACAAUGCAAAAGAUGGCGCCAUAUCAGCACCAGCAACCGCAAUAUGUGCAGCAGCAGCAUUUGUUGCAACAGCAACGACAGCAAAUACAGCAGCAGCAGCAACAACAACGCCAACAGCAUCAUCAGCAAAUGCAGCAACAAAUUUUGCAACAGCAGCAACAACAACAACAUCAACAACAGCAGCAACUGCUGCAAAUACAAAAAUUGCAACACCAGCAGCAGCAACAACAACACAACAAGCAACUGGCAAUGAUAUCAACACAGCACGCACAACAACAACAACAGCAGCAGAAACAACAACAACAACAGCAGCAGAAACAACAACAACAACAACAACAUUUGGGUCAACAACAAAGACAACGCGUGUUGCCGACACUGCAAAACACACAAGAGUUACAGCCAUUGAUUCAACCCCAGCCACAACUGCCCCACCAACAGCAACAGCAGCAGCAAACACAACAACAUCACCAGCAACAGCAACAACAAAUGUCAUCGAGUCGUCCUGCUAUAAGCCCCACAAGUACGACAAAGGCAACUGGACACCAAAAUUUGGUGACAUUACGGUCCCAACAGUCCCCUGCGGCUGGUAGUGGCUCACAGAACGUAAUACAAUGCUCUGCUCAGAUGACACAGAAACAGGAGCAAAUGGCCACCGGAAUCCAUUCGCCCACACCUGCAUCUACGCAGCUGUUAAAACAGCAACAACAGACGUCGACGAGUCAAACCACAGCCGCUGGCAUGCAGUUCAUGCCUAAAAUGCAAUCUACGGCAAGCUUGAAGGAGUCACAACAGCAGCAGCAAAACCCACCAACGGCUAGCAAUCCACAGGUGUCCGAUUUGAGUUCCUCGGAUGUAACAAAGCAAAUGACACUUGCAGUAGGUGCAACAACAACACAGCUAAUUACCCCAGAAGCGCCCACUCCUACUGUUUCUGGCGUUGAUAACAAACCGCCCACACCAAAGCAUGGCGAAACAGUAGAACUUAUUAAACAGUCGCAAAAACCAGCGCCAACUAUGGCUCAUGAGAUGGCAACUCAAAAGCAUGCGGAAAGUGUUUCUGUGAUCUGCAGCGCUGAAAGCAACUCAGCAGCAGUGGAGAAAGAAGCUUUGAUAACGAUGGCUCAGCAAAAGAGUGAUUCUUCAAUGCCUGUGAUCAACGCUGAAGAAGUUACAGUCUCAAAGGGCGUAGUAAAGACACUGGAUUCGGUUAUAAAGAAAGCCGAUACGCCAGUUCAGAAACACGACCAAAACUUGUCCAAAAUUGGGCAACGACCCGAGACUGAUAGCGAGAAAUCACCUACUUACAUGUCUGCAACAAUAAAAAAAUUGUCGACGCAUUCAAUCGCGAAAGACGCUGCUACUUCGAAAGGUGAAGUACCGGCAUCAGUAUCACCUGCAAAUAUUGCGGUUGCGGUUAAAUCAUCGUCGUCCUCCGCAGUAAAUGAGAGUGCUGCCAACAAACAAUCGGCACACAAUGGACCAGAUUCGACAAAUGCAACAGCAAGCAGCACUGAUCAUGAAACCGAAGACGAAACCGAGACAAAGCAGGGAAUGAACAUGCUGGAAGGGUCUAUUGCAACCACUCUCACCCCCGGAGGUCUUGGCUUCGGGCGGCCCACUGCAAGUGCACGUGGUGUUACUGCAAAGCGCGGCCGUCAGCCGCGGGGCGGAAAGAAGCAAGCUGCCGGUAUCGCGAAUGCCCCACCAUCACAACUGGUAGUACCUCCGCAGGAGGCCAGCGGCGUGCAAACCCGUUUACGAAAACCAGCAACGGCAACGCCGGCGAUGCGCGGACGCAAAGGUCGCCCGCCGCGAAAUCUUUUGGCUCAGCAGCAGCAACAGCAGCAAGCUUUACAACAGCAACAUCCGAACAAAAUGCAAGUAGUUCCGGAAGCUAUAGACACGACGGGUGUUGAGAAGAAGUCGCGAAAUCAGGCUGUCACCCUGAGGAGUGCAACAACUGCGACAGGGGGCUCAGAUGUGUAUGAGUUUCAUGACGAUUCUGGCGAAGAAUCGAAGACUGCGCAAGCCACUGCACCAAGUACGGGUUCUUCAAGUGGCAGCGAUGUGCGACCACGUUUGAUUUUAACCAUUAAACCUGGUCAAGCAGCACCAAGCGUGAAAGCUAGUGAAAAGCCAAACGCUCCUGUUGCAGAAGAAGCGUCUAACUCUACACCGCACACGGCGCCAAUGCCCCAGCAACAAGCAUUCUCUAACAACCCACAGCCUGCCGUUCAGCCCGUUCCAAUUGAAGUCAACAAAUGCGAUAUCCAAGCACCAUCACCCGCAACCGCACCGUCAGCCACAACGCCACCAGGGCAGCUACCGGACAUGCCAAUCAUGGAUGCAGUUCAGGCAACUCCUGCAGCUGUUGUAGCACUCACGACUGCGGCAGCAUCAACACCACAAAAAUUGGAUCAGGUGCUGCCUACCGCGCCGCAUGCCACCAUGAACGUAGCGGAAAUGAUUACCACUGCCGCUGGCGCAAAUACCAGAAAAUCGCGGCGUCUGCAGGAAAAGGACCGUUGCACAAUCGACGAUAUCAUUGAAGAUGUGGUCCGCAAUAAUGCACCAGCAGCAGCUGCAACAGGUAUUAACACCAAUGCAAUGUUCCCGAAGGGUGCGCAAACACCACCCAGACGGUCGGGGCGCAAUGCAAGCACCAGCGUAAAUCCGAAAAAGCCCGCUGGCGGGGAGACACCCACGCACACACCAUCAUCUCCGGCGGUAGGACGGCCGCGGCGUUCGAAAGAUCGCAAAGGAAGCGUCGAAGCCAUCGGCAUCUCUCUCGACCUCUCAAGCGACACGGAUGAACAGCAUAAGCAGGAACAACGCACAUUAACAGUUCCCACAACGGCACUCGAACAAGAACUAUCGGCCGCCAAGGCAGCGAAUGCUGCAUGCAGCGUAUCGAACACCGUUGCCGUUGCAGCAACAGCAACUACAAAAGCGGUUAUGGGAACGGAAGAAUUGGUGACGCAACAACCACACCAGUUACCCGCAGAGACUUCAGCUCAGCCCUCAACGUAUACUGAACCACAAACGCAACCAAUGUCGAUGCCAACUCAUCAUGCCGUGCCACAGCACCCGAAAAAGAAGGCGCUUGCUGCAGCCGAAAUAGAUUCGUUCGUUGGCAGCAGCAAUAGCCCUAACAGUACUCAUGAAGAGAGCAAUAAUCCACCUAUAGCGUCAUUGCCAAGCGCUGACGUACCAGCUCGUCAGUCCACUGCUCUUGCAACGCAAAAGAAGGUGGACAUAGUGAAUAAAGCACUAAUCGACCCAGUCACUGGUAUAAUCAGCGGUAAUAAUCAACAGGGUAAGGAGGCCAACCCGGCAGCGGUAGUUGCCACAGCUGCAGCCACCCUGGCCACUAUGCACAAGACGCCUUUGGAUGCGAAGAAGAUGGUGCAGGCGGCCAUAGCAGCGGCAACGGCAGAGAAUGUGGCAAAAUCGCAGGACAUUCGCGGCUCGACUCCCCUCAUAAGUAAAACUGCAACUAAUAUAAUAAACCCUCAGGCACCACACAUGGUUGUGCCAACGGCCUCAAAUGCGGCUCCACCUUCUGCGGCUGCACCUUCUGCAGCCGUAAAACCAAUACAGGGGGUGGAGCUUUCUUCGAAGCCACUGGGCACUCCCAUUUCGUUGCUGAACAAAUCAGCUGUUAGUGUCGUUGUUAAGACCACGACGACGCCCGUUAUCAUAAAACAACAAAUUGUGCAGCCGCAAACGACAAUAACGCCGGCGGUAACAGCUGGCAGCAAGCAAUCCAUUGUGGUGCAACAGAGUCCAGUGGUAAUGCACGCGCAGCCAUCAAAUGUACGUCCGCCCACUCUGAAAGCGCACGUGCUUAACAGCCAGAAGACGCUACACCACCACCAGCAACAACAAACACAGCAACCGCAUCAUCUGGUGUCACAAGCCCAGCAGCUUGUGCAUCAGCAACAGCAACAGGCGAAACAUAUUGUUGUUUCCAACACAAAUCACGUUAUUGCGUCCAAUGUCAUUACCGCGCGCCACACACUGCAGCAGCAUCCACCGCCACAACAGCUGUUGGUGAACAUACCACCACCGAACGCUCAGCAGGUAGCACAUAUAAACUCACCUCACAUGCAGACACAUGCGUCCCAGCAUCAGCCGGCACAACAGACGCUCGUCAUCAAGCAAGGACAGGCAAUCGCUGGUCAGCAGUCAGUACAAGUGGUUAGCUCGAAGGCACCGGUUGGCGCGCAGAUUGGAGACAUAGCAGCACCACCGCAGCACCUACAGGCAGGAAAAACGCCGCAGCAUACUGGAGCAUAUGUGCCGUCAAUGGCUCAACAGCAGCAUCAGCAACAGCCACAGAUAACAGUGCUAACGCCACAGCAGCAAAGUCAGCUGAUUAAGCAGCACCAGCAGCAGCAUCAGCAACAACAACAACAACAACAACAACAACAACAACAACAACAACAACAACAACAACAGCAACAACAGCAACAGCAAACUGUGCUGCAACCGCCGGUCAGUGUCUCCAUGGUAAGCCAACAGCAGCAGCAGAAGCAAAGUGUACACACUCAACUGCCACAUGGUGUGACGGCUGUCCAUCACCAAGGUCACAAUAAAAUGCCACAGCAACAGCUGCAACCACAAGCUCAACAACAGCAACAACAAACAUCGUCCCUAGUAAUACAACCAGGUGGCAUUAUGGGUCUACAACACCCACAAAUGCUACUGCAAGCCAAACCACCGACGCAUCUGCAAGGGCAACAAGUCCACCACCAGCAGAUGACGCCUUCGCCGCCCUUGCAAGCUGGCGCCUUGCCAAUUGCUAGUGGCGCUAAACCCACAAUCGCUGGCAUGCAUACGAUACAAUCACAAGGUGUACAAUUAUUGCCGGGCAGUGUGGCAAGUCCUCCACCGACGGCGCUUAAACAGCCCGCGGCACAGCAUCCACACAGUAAUAGUGGCGUAUCAGGCAACAUACGCACCAGCGUUCCAACUUUAAGUCCACAGGGUCAGUCGCGCAUUGCACCACUUCUGCUGCCCACUGGUAUGCCGAUGCCGCCAUUUGAGCCAAAUAUGCAUGAAAUCAGCAGCUAUUGCGCCAAUGCUUCUGGUUCGCGUACAACAAAAAGUCCACCGCCCGCGCAUCAGCAAGCCUCGCCCAUAACACCGAGUGAAUCCAGCUUCCCGGUUGGUGGAAUACGCGGUGUUCCAGCACGUGAUUCGUUUAUCAUCUACCAGCACAUAUUACGCAAUCAACAGGAAACUAUCAAUGCUUCUUUGCGUGGUGAGUUCGACGAAAAAAUACUCGCUGGUAGUCCACCAUUGGAAUUGCGACGACCGGGUAGCGUGCCACGUACGAUCGCUGUGCCGCAUGGACUACAAAGUCCACAAGACCGUGCCACAGAUUCGCCACAAGUGGCUCAAGUAUAUGUACACAACACCCGCAUACCACAUCCGCAUUACACUGAGCGCGCAUUCUACGAGGCGGGUCGUCAAUUGCCGGUCGAACCACCACCAGCUCAUCGUUCAGCUGCAGCGCAUAGUGUUGUGGCGCCACCACCGCCGGUCGCCGUGCCACCACCAGUCGCGGGAGCAGCCAGCCCAUUCAUUGGCGGGGCACCUACGACGGUACAGCCAGCGUCAGCGGCAACAGCAGUGGUAAACACUACAACUGGUGGCGGCAACCUUAAUGUACAACCACCAUCAGCUGCCGUAGCACAUCUGCAUUCCGCACAACGGAUUGAGCAGGAACGCGAGCAGCGCGAACGAGAGCAACAGCAACUGCAGCGUGAAAAAGAACGUAUUGCAAUUACACCCUCCACCGCAGAUACUUUGUCUUCUGCUGCUGGUCAACCACCACAAACCACAACUCAAACGAGAAGUCUGCAAGUAGCGACACCAUCCCAUGCCAAUCCACAAGUGACACAACCGCCAUCAGCUGACUCACUGCUCACACUCCUUCAACGCUAUCCAGUCAUGUGGCAGGGUCUUUUGGCACUCAAGACCGAUCAGGCAGCAGUACAGAUGCAUUUCGUGUUCGGCAACCCUCAUGUCGCGCGUGCCUCGUUGCCCUGCAACCGCGACGGUAGUACACCGCCGCUGCGUAUAGCUCAACGCAUGCGGCUGGAGCAGACACAGCUAGAGGGAGUGACCAAGAAGAUGCAGUUUGAAAACGAGCAUUGCAUGCUCUUGGCGCUACCUUGUGGCCGCGACCACGCGGACGUUUUGCAGCAGUCGCGGAACUUACAAACUGGCUUCAUCACCUACUUGCAACAGAAAAUGGCUGCAGGCAUAGUAAACAUACCGAUGCCCGGCAGUGAGCAAGCAGCCUAUGUUGUGCAUAUAUUCCCAUCGUGUGACUUUGCCAAUGAGAAUUUGGAGCGAGCGGCACCUGAUUUAAAGAAUCGAGUAGCAGAAAUCGCACAUUUGCUGAUAGUAAUAGCAACUGUCUAAAUGCAAAAUGAGGUGUACGUACCUAAAGCACCAGUAAUGAGUAAAGGUUCAAAUGCGCAUUGCAUUUCAAUGCUCUGGAGCGUAAAAGCGGGCUGUGCAAUUGCUUAAUCUGGAUUUUAAACACCAAAAUUACUAGUAUCACACUAGCAUAUACAAACUGGCAUAUAUAUAUAUAUAUAUAUACUGACGCGAACAAACAAGUGAAUUUGUAACAGAUUUCAUUACAUGGAAUGUGACUACAUAAAACAAUAAAGAAAUCUGCCUCUAAAGAAGAAGUAAUAAGUAAAAAUAGGCGCAAAACUGCUGGCGCAUAGGAAGAUAUUUAAAAGGGAAAUAUAACUACAUACAAACGUUAGGGAGGAACGAAUGUAAUUUAUUUUAAUUAAAUGUAUAAAGGAUUCUAGCAAUUAAGUUCUUUUCGAAAAAAUAACAUACAAAAAAAAAUAUACAAAAAGUGUAGCCCAGAAAUCUAAUAAGUCGUUAACAGACACCCAAUAAGCAAAUUCGCUAAAAGCAUAAAUCAGAUGAAAACCAAAACUUUAAAUAAGAAAAGUAAAGGGAUACAAAAAAUACAAAACACUAAACAAAACAAGUCUUAAAUGUAAGAGGCGUUAAUGAGUGUUAAUUUGAAAAAAUCUAUACAGAAAAAGAGAAACCCGCGCCCCUGACAUAUAGUCAAAUAGGCACAGUAAACUGAACUAAAACCGAUAUUGAAAUGAAGCAAGCAAAAAAGUAAAAAGGGAAAAACUACGCAAUACUACGAUAAUGCGUGCAAGUAUUCCAAGAUAGGUAUUCGUAAUUUGGACACGGAGUUAUGAGGAUAAAAAUGAGAAUAUGAAAAUAUGAAAAAGUAAAAUAUUUAAUUAUAUCAAUUUGUUAAAAAUGUAUAUAUAUAGUUUUUUUUUGAUUUUCAUGCUGCUAAGCAAAUUUUUAUUACAAGUUUUGUGAAUACCUCGUAUUAUUUUUUGUCGUACUUUUUUAGUUUUUGACCCGCACUUGUUUUAUGAAUAACAUUUUCCUUAGUGUUUCAUAUUACAGUAAUAAUAAUAAAAGAAAGCAAGUUGAAGGAUUAUUAAUAAACAUAAAUAUUUAUUAGUAAGGUUUAAAUAAUAAACUAAUUUACGGUUAUUAACUAAUGAAAAAUUGUAAUUUAUGUAUGAUCUCAAAUUAAAGAAAAGCUUACUUCUUAUUUGCUUUAUCAAAAGGAAACAAAAACUAAAAAAAAGGUAACAAACUGAUCAAAUAUAAACUGAUUUUUACAGCUAAAAUAAACUUUUAAAAGGUGAAUCUAUGCGGAGAUAACAAUGUACAAGGGAGCAAAACAAACGACUUGAUAGUAAUCCUUUGAGGAAGAGAAGAGGGGUGGUAAGCCAAGCUUAAAGUACCAGCUGAAUUGUUUCAAUAACUGUACAGAAUAAACAAUAUACACAAGAAGCAUUCUGCGUGCGCUGAAGUCUGAAUUUAUGGCACGGUCGGUUAGCAAAGAAGCGUACGUCAAGUCGGCACUGCCUCGGUUACUUAAACAGUGUUUUCAUUUGGCCGGCACUGUUCAUUUGAAGGUUAAGUUCUCUGCUCCAUUCCGUAACAUUAAAACCGGCUAAAUGUAUGGUCUGAUGUUUUUCUGCAUACUGUUUAUUCUGUGACAGCAUUAAAAGUGUGAGUUUUUAUUCAUGCGUGUGAAUUCUUUUUUUUUUCUUGACUAUUAUAUGUACAAAACGGUGCCACUUUUCCUAAUACGUUUUUUGUUGUCAGCACCUUUUUAUUCAUAAAACUUUCAGUUUGCUACUUAUUUUCUUCCUACAAUAUUUGUCAUCUGGCAAGAUGUUGCCGAAAUUCAGUGUUUAGGUUUUUUUCUUUAAUGAUUUUUUUUUUACUGUGCGUAUGUGUGUUUAAGUUUAUUUUUAAUUUUACUAACAAUAAUAAUAAGAUUCUAAGAAUGCCUUAGAUGCUUGUUACAUUGUAAGUUUAAAUGCCAAAAAAAAAAAUGAAAAUAAGAAAGAAAUGAGGACAUAAGACAAAAAAACUAAAAUCAAUACCCAACAUUGCUUAUAUAAACAUACAUACAUGCAUACACUCACUUAAUUAUACAUACAUAUAUGCGUGUCCAUUUAAUGUUACACUUAAAUUGGAACCUUAUCUGGAAACUGUUAUGUGCAACUACUUAUACAUUCAAAUGUAUGUAUGUAUGUAUUUCCGCUCACGCUCAACUCACUUGUGUGUCACUAUUAUUAAUGUUUUUUUUUUUAUUUUUGGUCUUGCUUUUGAAAGAGUCUCAUACUUGAAUUAAGUGGCAUGCCUUUCUUAAGGUUCAGUUAGUCUAGACUUAAUUUACGUAACGUUAACUAA